AUGACGGCCGAAGCCGCCGCGUGGCCCUGGCGCGUCGCGCUCGAGACGCUCGGGCACGACGCCGCUGCGGCGCCGCCCCACACGCUGGCGAAACUCAUCGAGGGCGAGAAGCUGCCAUGGGUCGUCGCGCGCGUCGAGAAGGCGCUGCGCCGCGAAGACGACGCCGCCGACGCCGUCUUCGUCCUCGGCGACGACUCGGGCGCGACGAUGGUCGCGCAGUUCUCCACGCGCGCCGCGGCCCAGGCGGGCGGCGAGGUCCGCGCGGGCUCAGUCGUCGCGGUCCGCCGGCCGGCGACGCUCCGCGGCGCCGGCGACGACGCGUGUCUCGUCGUCGACGCGCCGGACCUCGUUGUCGCGGUGCCGCCCGACGCGCCGCCCCCCGUGCACGCGCGGCGGCGCGGCCGGCCGGCGCGGGCGAUGCCGCCGCUUCCGGACCCGGACCCGGUCCCGGUCCAGGCCCCGCCGCGACGCGCGGCGCCGUCGCCGCGACGCGCGGCGCCGUCGCCGCCUCGCCCGGCCGAGCGGACUCGCCCUCGUCCGGCCGCCGCGGCGCCCGCCGCGGCGCCUCGACGCGCGUCGACGACGGAGACCGGUGGCGACGACCUCGUCGAUGCGCUCCUCGACGGGGGGCGACUGCUGACCCAGCAGGACGCGCCCCCUCGGCAAUUGGCGCCUGACGGCGGCGGUGACGACGUCGACGCGCUCCUCGACAGCUUCGGCUGCUAAGGUGGCUAGUAGAUAGUCUAUUAUUCAAGUUCUC